GAAGCUGGGAGGCGAACCUGGCUUAAUUUCCAUCUCGAAGGUAGCGUUGUCCCACAAUGCCGCACAGCUUUCCUCCCAUCCAGCCUGGCGGCUCUCUCAUGGUCGCAUGGCAGGUACGGGACAAGAAGGUGCUCGUCGUAGGUGGAGGUGAGGUCGCAGCAGGCAGGAUCCUGCACGCCUUGAACGCCGAUGCCAAAGUCACCGUCGUAUGCCCGUCCGCAUGCCUCAAUCCCGAAGUCAAGUUCCGCAUCUCCCAAAACCAGGUCACCUACAGAGAUCGAAAAUUUGAACCCGUCGACCUCGAGGAAGAUGUAGCGAUGGUAUUUGUCGCAAUCGACGACCCGGAAGCUUCCACGCAGAUCUGGAAACUGUGCAAGGAGCGCCGAAUACCCGCAAACAUCGCCGAUGUCCCUUCGGAGUGCGACUUCUACUUCGGCAGCGUACAUCGCGAUGGACCGCUGCAGGUGAUGGUGAGCACGAACGGGAACGGGCCAAAGUUGGCCAGUAUUGUCAGAAAGGAGAUUGCGUCGGCGCUUCCGGGGAAUACGGGCGCAGCGAUCCAGAAUGUUGGUGUGUUACGGAAGAAGCUGAGAGAGCUUGCCCCCGAGGCGAAGGAUGGGCCGAAAAGGAUGAAAUGGAUCUCCCGCAUAUGCGAGACAUGGAGCUUGGAGGAGCUUGUUGAGAUGGACGAAAGUGAUAUGGAUAGCCUGCUUGCAUUCUACGCGCAGAACACGGUUCCUACCUUCGAACAAGUCCGUUUGAAAGAAGAGGAUAAUAUUGCAACUUUUGAUGGCAGCAUGGGUUGGAGCUGCUGAAUUUUUAGGGAAUCUUUAAAUGGUAGUUUGGCCUUAAUGUAAUGACAACGUAUGGGACAUUCUGAGCAUGGAAAUUG